AUGAGUAAUAAUGAUGAACUUCAUAAUUAUGAAGGUUUAUUAUUAACUUCAGCUUCAUCUAAUAAACGUUCAUUAACAAAUCAAUUUGUUGAUUGUGUAAAAAAAACUAAAUAUUUUGUUCCUUGUACAUUAUUAUCACCAUCAAAAACAAUGAAUGAUCAAAUAAUAAAAGAUACUCAAAAACUUCAACCAAAAAAACCUAUUGAACAACAACCAAAACGAGGUUCAUUAUGUAUUGCGUAUUCAAUCUCAAAUGAUGAGCAUACUAAUAAUUCAAUUUUAACAUUACAUGUAAUACGUGCAAGACAAUUAUCAAUUGUAGAUUCUGAUAAAAUGAAUACAUGUGUUAAAGUUAAAUAUUCUCAUCAUUUUGAACAAUGUUCAAAAAUUAUUCAUGGAACUAAUUCACCUAUUUAUGAUGAAAAAUUUCAUAUACCUUUAAAUAAAAAUAAUUUAUCAACACCAUCAAAACGUUUGACAAUCUCUGUUUAUAAUCAAUCCAUAUCAAACAAUAAAAGUGAUUUAAUCGGUUGUAUGUCAUUUAAUAUGAAGACACUUCUUAAAACAACUAGUUGCAUAAAGACUUCAUCAAAAUAUAAAUGGUAUUGUCUAUUACCGGAAUCAAUCGGACGACAUAAAUGUAUGGCUUUAAAUGUAGAUACUUCUUCAUCUUUACAUAGUAAAAAAAUUGCAACAUUAAAGAAGCCACAUUCAUCUCAAAAUUAUAAUCAAUCAAAUGGACUUGUGUUUAAGGUUGAUAUAUAUGAUCGUGAUGAAAUUCAAUUUUCGUCUGGAUUUCCAUGUAAAAUAAGUGAAAUAAAAUCAAAUAUUAGUUCAACAUCUACACGACCUAUGCCUGGUGAUAUACUUUUACAAGUUAAUGAUAUUAAUGUUUCACGAACACAAGCUAAAGCUGUUAAAAAAUUAAUAAAAAGUUUAUCAAUACCGAUAACUCUUCAAUUAUAUCGUCUUAUAAUUCCAUCAACAUCAAUUAAAGUUGAUAAAAUUGUUUUAAAUUCUGUUGAACAACAUGAACCGUUAAAUAGAAAUUUAAUAUCAACCAAUUCUUUAUAUUUAUCAUCCGAUAAACAAUGUAAAACAAAAACAUAUGAUUGUUUUAUAUCAAAACCUACUGUAAUGAAUAUUGAUCAUCAGCAAUCUUUACUUAUGUCACCAAUUGAUAGAAAAAUUACAACACAAAGUGAUGGAAGUGAAUCAGGUGUUGGUUCUGAAAGUAAUCCAUAUUCGGACGGUGAUCAAGAUAAUCGAUUAAAAAUUCUUUCAGAAUCUUACGAACGUGAAGUAUUAAAUUUAAUUGAAAUUGAAAAAGAAUUUAUUAAUCAAAUUGAACUUGGCGUACAAUUAUAUUCACGUCCAUUAAAACAUUAUUUAAUAUCAUCAAAUGAACAUGCUAAAUUAUUUCAAAAUAUUGAAAAAAUUUUAGCAAUAUCACGCUAUCAAUUAAAUCGCUUACAAUCAUUAUCCGAACGAACAAUAAUAACUCAUAUCGGAAAGAUUUUUCAUGAAAAAGUUCAAUUAAUAUGUGAAGCAUUUAAUCAUUAUAUAUCGGGCUAUUCAGAUGCUUGUUUACAAUUAAAACAAUUAAUAAAAUGUGCUAGUUUUCAAAGAUUUAUUCAUGGAAAUAAUUCAAAUCUAACAAUUGAACAGUUUCUACAGAUACCAUUAACUCAUAUCGAUAAUCUUGUUAAUCAAUUGGAUACAUUAUGUUGUACUUGUGAAAAUGCAAAUGAUGCUAAUUAUCUUUUGCAUGUUCUUAAAGAGUUACGGCAAUGUUCACUACAUGUUUCAUCCAUUGAAUCGUCAACAAGUCAACAUCAUUGUACAACAACAAUGUCAUUGAACAGUGCCAAUGGUAUAUCAUCAUCAUCAUCAAUGAAUAAUUCCGAUGAUAGUGAUAUUAUUGAAUUACAAAAUCGACUUCAAUUUACACAAAAUAUUCAACCUGUUCUAUUAACUGGUCACAAUCGUCACAUUAUUUUUUCGGGUGUACUUUUAUUACAAAAUGAAAAUAAAAAUUAUAUUGAGACUUGGGCUGUUCUCUUAAAUGACAUGCUACUAUUGACCCAAAGAAAUGCAAUCGAUACACGUUUAAAACUGGUUUGUAAUGCGAUUUCGUUAAGUGAUAUUGUUGAUUUUCGAUCAAGUGAUGAACGUCAAGAUGCUUUAAUAUUUCUAUCGAAUAAACCGAAUCUACCAUAUAAAAUUCGUUAUCCAAGUAAAUGUUUACAAUAUGCAUGGCAAACAAUACUUGAACAACGUCUUAAAACUUGGCAACGAUCAAUUCAUGAUGAAUCGUCAUCAGCUGGUUCGGAUAUUGAAUAA